AUGGCGCAAUCAGAGCCAAUUCGAGAUCCACAACCCUCCACACAAUCCGAACCAAGAUCAAACUUCUUCUCACAGCGGUCGAUGCGUCAAUUGGGCUUGUUCGCAGCAGGGGCGGGUUUCCUAGCCAUAUCAACAGCCGUCACCCGGAGAUCACUUGUUAGAAAAUAUAAAGCUUCGAUACCACGCUUCUAUCAGCCAAGCAACCGACCGAACAUGGAGGUCAAUGGUGCCAUGGAGGCAUUCGAAGCUCUAAAUAUAGCGACCAUAAAUGUUUUGAGUGCAGGGAUCAUGACUACUGGGGGAUUGAUCUGGGCGUUUGAUAUUUCUUCUCUGGAGGAUAUGAGAUCGAAAGUUCGGAAGACGAUGGGGGGAAAUGGCAGCGCUGAGGACCAAGCAGCGGAGGAGGAGCUUGAAGAGUGGUUUGCUUCGGUUUUGUCAAGAAAGGAGUUCAAACAUCUGAGGGGCAUGGAAAAGCCAACAGCGGUCGAGGAAGACAAGGAGCAGAAGAAGCCGUGA